GAAAUAUCCCGAAAUAACCGAUCCGGCGUCGCCUUCGCCGGGAGGAGAACGAGGAAGGAGGUUCCGCUCUUUCCCCCGGCGGGAGCUGGGGGUCGCAGGUGGGGGCAAGCAGCGGGUGAAGGUGAAAUCCUCGCCCGCCGGCACCAUGGAGCUUUUCGGGAGCUUUGUCCGGCCCCACGGGGAGACCUUGGGGUUCCCAGCUCGCCCCGGUAACACGGGCGUGGUGAAGACCCUGGGGAACACCUAUCAGUUCACGGUGGACGUCAGCGACUUCGCGCCCGAGGACAUCAUCGUCACCACCUCCAACAACCAGAUCGAGGUGCACGCCGAGAAGAGGGCCACGGACGGCACCGUCAUGAACACCUUCACCCACAAGUGCCAGCUGCCUGAAGACGUGGACCCCACGUCCGUGUCGUCCUCGCUGGGGGACAACGGGAUGUUGACCAUCCGGGCUCAGCGCCGGCCGGCCAAGCACUCCGAGCACGUCCAGCAAACCUUCCGGACUGAGAUCAAGAUCUGAGGGGUCGGGAGGCUCCUUUCCUCCCCUCUCCCCUCCCUCGCUAAUUAUUUGGGUGAUUUGGGAAGGAGGUGGGACGUGGGGUAGGGAAUGGGAACGCUCCCUCCACCGUGGGGUCAGACCUGUGCCGAAUGCGUCCCGGCACCCACCGGAGAAACUCCGGAGGGGAGUCCCAGCUCCAGCAAUUUUUAGCUGGCGCGUGUUGAGGGGGAAGAUCCAGCGUGCCAAGAGUCCUGCCGGGAGCCAGGUUCCCUUCCCAGCCCUCCGCCAGAGCUUGUCUUUGUAUAUAGAGCUUGGGAUAAAUUAUUGAGAACGUC